UUCUUUUUCGUCUCUUCAGUUCCUGAAUGUCCUCUGUGAGGAUCACUAAUCCUGGAGACGAGACAACGAUUUAACAAAAUAAUUUUGGUGAACGCCGGGGUGCCAUCAAUGUUGUACUUUAUUCAACAACGGUGACGCAAACUAAUCAAGUGUCAAGAUGUUGACAGUGAUGUGCCCUAAUUGUCGCCUUGAAUUUUUGGCUGAUGAAAAACAAAAUGAAGAUAAUUGUAGUGAAACUCGGCCUUGUACCGAGGAUGGGUGGUUGAUGUCCGAAGAACAACACACCAAUGAUACCGAUUGUUUGAUGAACGCAUCGACAAUCAUUAAUGAACAAAAUAUUCCAAAAUAUUCCAUCCAAUUGGACGGAAGUCACAAUAAUGACCAAUUGAUUAAAUUAAUUCAAACAGAAACGCCGGAUUCGAGUAAAGGUCCGAAAUGUGUUAAUAAUAAAUCAACGAAGAACAGUUAUUCGUCCAAGAGGUUAACUAAGGGUCCACGAUCAGAUUUAUCUUUAAAUCUGACAAAAAAGGAUAGAGAAGAUUGUAUAUCAUCAUCGAUAUGUCGUAUCACUACUUGCGAUCUGACAGGUGGUAGCGUAACCAUAUCAACGCCGAAUAUACAAUCGGGUGAUUGUUUCAUUUACAAUACCGAUACUUGUGCCCUAGCAGAAACACCCUACAAUGUGAUCCAUCCGAAAUUGUCAGUUGGCGGACGUUUCGUUGAAACAAAAAUGUCAACUGACGAUCAGGACAAUGGCGGCAGUGAAAAAUCCUCAACGAUGGAUACGGACAAUUGCGGAUGUGGUAUUUCACGCUUUCGCGAGCAUAUUUAUUCGAACGAAAUAACUAUGAAAACACCUAGCGGAUGUCAAGAAUUGCCGGGCAUCAGGAGGAACCCUUCGUUGAAAUGUUUUUCGGAAAAACGACCGAUCGAGGAUGAUUUCGACGUGCCACGUUACAAUUUGAACGAGCCCGAUUCUGGAUAUCCUAAUAUUAAAAUCAUUCCUAAACAAGAUUGGCAAUCAUCCGAAAGGAAUUACAUUCAAGAAGAAACAACGCCGCUUAAACAUAAUAUACUUAAACAGUCGUCGUCGCCGCCAUUGGCAACGACAGAUUUAAAUAAUUUUUUUCAAAAUAUGGCCUCCUUUUGUCCAACAGGAACGCGGCCCAAUUACAUAGACAACAAGAGUUUCGACACUCAAACAAUAUUUUCUGAAAGAAAGGGAACGAUGGUUAAUAAUGGUCUGCCAUUUAAUCCGUCCUCGGGAGAUUUGUUAAACAACUCCAAUGAUAAUGAAUCUCUUCGUAGUUCUAAUGGCGUUCAAUUACAAUUAAAUGCCACUUUACAAUUGCCGGCAGAUAUAGAACAAUGUUCUGUUAAUAUAACGGCAACUAGAGCCGCGAAUUCUAGUUUAGGUGAAUUAUCAUCGGCAAUUGUCACCGGUAGAAGCCGUAAUUAUUUCAACGGCGGUGGUAUAGUCAGAUUAGAGAAUUUCAAGAAGAAAAUUAGCGACGAGUGUUUUCAUUAUAACUUCGAGGAAAACGAAGAAACGCCUGCUGUUAUAUCUCCUAUAUCUUGGAUCAUGCCCGUGGGUCUCAAUAAUUUUUUGAUUCAGGAAUCUAAAGAUCAUUUAAUGAGAAUCAAAAAAUAUCUCCGAGCUUGCGGUUGGUAUCACGAGGGUUUAAGUUGGCAACAGAGUGAGAUUCUUCUUAAAAACGUAGCAAUUGGCAGGUGGCUGAUGAGGGAUAGCUCGGACAGCAGAUUCAUCUUUGCUGUUUCCGUGCAAACCGAAAGGGGUCCUACAUCCGUCAGGAUGCGUCACGUUAAUGGCUUUAGACUAGACGCGGAUCCAAGUUUAAUCAGUGCCAUACCUUGUUUCGAUUGUCCUAUCAGACUGCUGGAAUAUUACAUUGAAUAUUCCAAAAGAAAAAAUAAAAAUGAACGUAGGAGAGAGGUUUGGGUCGAUUAUAGUGGCCUACUAUACGGUCAAAUCUACCUCGCUGAACCCUUGGUCAAAGAAGUUAGAUCCCUUUCUCACUUGGCAAGAUUGGCUAUCAACAAACACAAAUUACCUACCUACAAUUUACCAACUAUCAUCAGGAAUUACGUCCUGCAAUAUCCGUACACGAUUUAAUUAUACGGUUUCAUUGCAUAUCUCUUCCAAUUUUCUCUCUUACGAACUGAAUUAGCAAAACUUAUAUUUUUAUAUCACACACACACACACACAACUAACAUAUAUUUAACCCCGUUUCCCCUUGACAAUUUAUCGAUUGUAUUAAAAUAAGAUCAUUGAUUGAGAGUUAUCGUUCCAAGAUUAUGUUUCCUUUUUCUCGUCUAUUUCAUUGUACUUUUUUUUUUCUCUUUUUUUUUUUUUUUUUUAAAUUCAACUGACUUCAUUUUAUGUAACACGCUUCGAGGAUCCACAUACGUGAAGGGGUAACUUCGAAAAGAUAUUUAUCGUCAAAGAUUUAGAAAAUUCUUUAAGUAUUCGUCGAUUAAUGGGAGAAGAAGAUUAGAUAAAAUAAUAAUUGCAGUUAAAAAAACAACACGCGAACACACCUAUCGAUCAAUAUGAAAAAUAAUACUUCAAAUUUCAAGAUAUUUCUUAUAUCUAAUUUAUAAAGCGAUGGCGCUGCCCACAUAUAACUUAGAAUAAGAAUUAUUAUUUUUUAAUAACAAAAAAAAAGUCUCGAAAUUAAGAAUGAAAAAGAAACAAAGGAUUAUCGUUUUCGGAUUGAUUAUGCAUAUAGAUUUAUGUGACGCCUCAUUUUUAUUUCUAAGACUGGGACAGUACGAAAAGUAAAUGUGAAGAUACUUUUUUUAUUCAAAUGUACUUUGUGAAAAACGAAUUAUUUAAUUUGAUCAGGAACGCAUAUUAAUGUUGCGUUCGAUCGAAUUAUUAACGCAGAAAAUAUAAUAGACAUCUAAGUAU